AAAUCACCUCUCUCAACCUUCUCUUCAAUUCAAAACCCUUCCCCACAUCUUCUCAUCUUCACCAAGAAAACCAAAAAAAAAAAAAAAAAAUGGCAGCAACUUCUUUCCAUGCUCGCUCCAACAGUUUGCCUGCUAGAUCACACCCACUGGUCUCGGAAAUAGAUGAGCAAGUUUGCAGGUUGAGACAAUCUCAAGCUGCUUCCACAUCGUCAUCAUCCAUAGGCCACAGCUUGAAUAGCCUUCAAGCUGUGUAUGAUUGUGUUGACCAGUUGUUCCAACUGCCAACAACUCAACAAGCCUUGAUCAAUGACCAGAUGUGCUUCAAUGAGCUAUUGGAUGGAUCUCUGAGGAUCUUGGAUUUGUGCAACGCUGCCAAGGAUGCCUUGUCCCAGAUGAAAGAGUCUGUGGCUGAACUUCAAUCCGCUAUUCGCAGAAGGCAAGGUGGCGUGGAAGGAGAAACCAGAAGGUACCUGAAAUCACGGAAGACUGUGAUCAAAGCAAUCCAAAAGGUCUUGAAGGCUAUGGGAAACAAGAAGUCCACCUCAUCAAACAACGUUGAGACAGUAUCAAUGUUGAAGGAAGCUGAAUCUGCUGUUGUUGAGGUUUUGGAGUGCUUGCUGGCAUUUAUUUCUCAAACAAGCUCAAAGCCAAGCAGCUGGUCGUUGUUUAAAAGGGUUGCAGCAGCUUCAAGUGAGUAUGAAUUUGCAGACGUCGAUGCCUCUCUGAAGACAAACAAAUCUGUUGAAGAGGUCCAGACUCAUCUGAAGAAUCUACAGCCAUGCAUUCAAGAUCUCGAGGAAGGAGUCGAGAGCCUCUUUAGGCGUUUGAUCAAAACAAGAGCCUCAAUUCUCAAUAUCCACAAUCUGUAGUUACAUCAUCAAAACAAUACUUGUACAUAUUGUAUAGAAAAUUUUGAUACUCAAAUCCAUAAAUAUACAUGGUCACC